GGGCAGAAGGCAUGCCUCUCAUCGACAAAGAAAUGGUACUUCAUCAGAGAGAAUGUCAGGAGGAGAAUGCAUCAUUCCUUUCACAAUGGUUCUUCAUGUGGGUCACUGAUCUCAUCAAGCUAGCAAACAGGAAGACACUUGAGAUUUGUGACCUAUGGGACUUGCGUAAAGGUGGUGAUACGCAAACCGUCACAAGAAGUCUGGAGAAGCAAUGGUCUGAGCAACAAAAGAAGCCGAGGCCUUCCAUUGUCGCUGCCAUUUGGAAGACCAUUUGGAAGCCGUUUCUCUCUGCAUGUUUUGUGAAAUUGCUCAAUGAUGCUUUCCAACUGUCGAGCCCCUUACUGGUCCAGAAGAUCAUCAACCUUGUUCAGGCCAAGAACACAUCACAGACCAUUGGGCUUUCCUUUUCAGCCUUGUUUCUUUUCAUAUCGAUUGCGCAAACGGUUACAGUGCACAUUUACUUUCACAAGUUAUUCCACAUCACGUCAGUGGUGCGUGCGAGCAUGGUGUGCUUGGUUUACAAGAAGGCAAUGCGAAUCUCAACGGCAGCAAGCAAAGGGGCGAGCACUGGGGAAAUAAUGAACCUGCAAAGCAAUGAUGUGGAAAAGCUUCGUGACGCAAUUCUGUACAUUAACGUUCUAUGGGACGGGCCACUGCAGAUUUUUAUUGCACUUGCGAUGCUCGUGAACGUCAUUGGUCCAUGGCCAGCUCUUUCGGGAUUUGCGGUAUUGGUAUUGAUGAUUCCAGGACAGAGCUUUGUGAUGAGCUGGUUGUCGAGUGUGCGCACGAAGCUGAUUAAACACACAGAUGAGCGAGUGAAGCUUAUCACGGAGAUUAUUCAAGGCAUCAAGGCAGUGAAACUUUACGCCGGAGAGGAGCAGUUCAUUCAACAAGUAAACAAGAUCCGCAAGAAGGAGCUGAAACAUAUUUGGAAAACCCUCUGCAUUGAUAUUCUCAACAGCUUUGCUUGGAUGCUCGGUCCGACACUCGUUUCCUUGAUGAGCUUCAGUGUCUAUACGAUACUGGGAAACCAACUCACUGCGGAAGUCGCUUUCCCGGCACUAACGCUCUUCAACCUUAUCAGGUUCCCACUUGUGGCCAUCCCCUACCAGAUUAAUUCUCUUGUCCAGGCAAACGUGUCAAUAGAGAGGUUGGAGAAGUUCUUGGCACUGCCAGAGCUAAUUGUGCAGUCGUCUACCUUUCAUUCCACAACAGGAAGUAUAACCGUCACUGAAGCUGAUUUUACGUGGCAUCCAGCGGAAUCGGAUAAUGUGGCACCUCCUACCUUGUCCAAAAUCAAUCUCCAAGUUUCCCCAGGACACCUUGUCAUCGUAAUUGGCGAGGUUGGGGCAGGUAAGUCAUCGUUGCUUGCAGCUAUACUCGGCGAGAUGCGGAAGCUGUCGCUAGGUAGCUAUGUUUCCGUGUCUGGGUCUAUGGCGUACACCGCACAGGACCCAUGGAUUCAGAAUGCUACGGUGCAGGAAAACAUUCUGAUGGGAAAUCAGUUAGACGAGGAAAAGUAUAACCAAGUCAUCAAUGCCUGUGCUCUGGUAGAAGAUCUGGGAAUGCUUCAAGGAGGAGAUCAAGCGGAAAUUGGAGAGAAAGGCAUAAACUUGUCAGGAGGGCAGAAACACCGCGUGGCACUGGCGAGGGCUGUUUAUGCCAGUGCUGACAUCUACCUUCUUGACGACCCGCUGAGUGCAGUGGACACUCAUGUUGGACGCCAUCUCUUUGACCAUUGCAUCUGUGGGCUACUAGCCCAGAAGACACGCAUCCUAGUAACGCACCAACUCCAGUUUGUCGAUGCGGCCGAUGCGAUUGUUGUUAUGCAACAAGGGACGAUUACAGACGUUGGGACUUACCUGGAGCUAAGGCAGAGGGGAAUCAAUUUUGCCAUGUUUGAGGAACAUGAAGAUGGCAGUCAUGCAGACAGUGCUGCCAACCCAUCACUGGGUCAGACGUCUGAUCAGCUCUGGCAAUCGACAUCGGAGUUGUCACUGUCUGGUCUGGAUGCUCUGUACGUUCCCGACUCUGCUGGGAGCCCAAAGUCUUCUCAAACGUAUCUCCAUCAGACUUCACUGAACCAAUCCAAUCCUGUGUACGAGGGGGAAGAUAGACCUGCAGGUAUGCCAACCAAUCACACAGGCCGCAUGGGAUGGCAUGGGAACCAUGGCCAAGGAAGCGGCAAGGACAAAUGGACUGGUCAGAGUGAUGGAGUAGAGGACGCUGGCAGCAAAGCUCCCAAUGAUGAUGCCAGUGACGUUGAGGAGGAGAAGGAGGAAGCUGUAGGGCAGGGGCUGAAUGCACCUCUCUUAACAGCUAAGGGAAAGGAACGUUCCCAUAGCCGGAAGUCUGAACGAAGGCAGGGGAGUGGGGAGGUGGAGGUGAACAGGCAGGUGGGAAAAGAAGUCGACAGGGAGAAGAAGAGGGUAAAGGGUAUGCUGGUGAAAAGCGAGCAUCGAUCAGAAGGAAAUGUUCAGAGGGAAGUCUACUUGAAAUACAUCAGGGCCUGGGGUCGCUGGUACUGGGUGCCUGUUUUGGUUCUGGUUGCAUAUGUGAUUGCACAAUCUGUGAAGCUUGCAAAUGACUCAUGGUUGGCUGUCUGGUCCGGAAACAUAAAAGAGCAUCCAGACGCUGAUCAGUAUUAUUUGCGAGUGUACGGAAUCACUGCGGGUGUGGCAAUGGUCCUCGUCACGGCGCGAUGGGUCAUUCUCAGUUUUGGAGUUUGGAAUGCAGCUCGGAACCUGCAUAUGCAGCUCCUCGAACACUGCAUGCGCCUGCCGAUGUCCUUCUUCGACACCCAGCCAACAGGACGUCUGACCAACCGGUUCACAAAAGAUACAGAGCAGAUGGAUCUGGCAUUACCCAACACAAUCGAGAGCUACUUGGAGUGCUUCUUCCAGACAAUCUUUGCAUUAUUGCUCAUCGUAAUCAUAACACGUGCCUUCAUCCUCCCCCUCAUCCUCCUCGUUUGGCUUUACAAGCGGAUCGAAGCAUACUACCUACACGCCUCACGUGAACUGAAAAGGUUGGAUGCUUUGCUGCACAGCCCCAUAUUCUCACACUUUGCGGAGACCAUUCGCGGGCUUUCAACUAUCCGCGCGUUCUGCAAACAGGAGGCAUUUGUGCAGUUGAACUAUUCGCAAGUGAACGAUAGCAGCCGGGCAUACCUUGCAAGCAUUUCAGUUAAUCGGUGGUUGGGAGUGCGUCUCGAACUCAUCGGAGCAGCUUUGGUGUCCAGUGUUGCUUUCAUCAGUUUCCUCGGCCUGGGCACGGGUGCUGGUGCUGUAGGUCUUGCCCUGACGUCAGCUCUCAGCAUCAGCAAUGUGAUGAACUGGAUGGUCAGGGUGAGUGCGGAAAUGGAAACGAGUAUGAACUCGGUUGAGAGAAUAUUGGAGUACACAUCUCUGGAGACGGAGGCACCUGCCAUCGUUCCCGAGAACCGACCACCUCAUGAUUGGCCGCAGCGUGGCACAAUUGAGGCUGUUGAUGUGUGGGUGCGCUAUCGCCCCGAGCUUGACCCUGUACUUAAGGGAUUGACGUUCACUGUUCAAGGGGGGGAGAAAAUCGGGGCCUGUGGAAGAACAGGUUGUGGAAAGAGUACGUUGACGAUGGCUCUGUACCGCAUUGUGGAGCUGUGCCGUGGCAAAUUUUUUAUUGACGGAAUCGAUGUGUCAAAGAUCGGUCUCAAGGAUCUGCGGUCCAAAUUGGCUUUGGUGCCGCAGGACCCAGUUAUCUUUUCUGGAACAGUACGCAUGAACCUGGAUCCACUUGGAGACGCAGGCAGCGACUCACAGCUCUGGGAAGCCCUCCGUAAAUCUGGCAUGGCCGCUGCUGUGAGUGCACUGCCCGGUAAACUCGAUGCAGAAGUGACUGAGGCUGGGCAGAACUUCAGCGUCGGGCAAAGGCAAUUGCUGUGCAUGGGACGGGCACUGUUGCGGAACUCCCGYAUUCUUGUGCUGGAUGAGGCAACAUCGAAUGUSGACAGCUYAACAGACUCRAUAAUUCAGACAACCAUCAGGGAAUCUUUCUGCCACUGCACAGUCCUAACGAUUGCUCACCGUCUUCACACAAUCAUCGACAGCGACAGAGUCCUCUUACUGGAGAAAGGGGAGCUUCUGGAAUUUGAUGCUCCUGCCAAACUGCUUGAAAAUGAGAGUAGCAUGUUCACCUCCUUUGUGAACAGAACACUUCCAAGAGAGGCGCAGGCACUGCGCCGAGCUGCUUUGGCCAAGGCUGCUGCCCCUCCAGUGAACGCUUUUCAGCACUAAAUGAUGGUGAAGGUUAUUAUGGAGUGGGUCAUUGGAACACCCCUGGCCCCAGCGCUCCUGAUUUUAGCUGUUGGACACAGGACCAGGGCCGAUUGAUGCUCACAUCUGCUCUAAGCUUGCAGCAAUCUGGUCACCUUUGCAAUGAAUCUCAGAGUUUCUCACAAGAGCAUAGAAGGACAAACGCCCUGGGGCCAUGUCUCUGCUCCAGGAUGAAUCUGGUCACCUUUAUGGUUUGGUUCAUGCUGAGAUGGAAUGGUCGUAGAACUGGUGACAUCUAGCUCUUCUCCAUUGAAGCACUUCACUGCUUUAGAUUCUCACCUCCUCGUCUUCGUCAAGAGCUGAGUAAAAGUAUGGAAGAUGACAGUGUCCGAGGAGUGGGGCCUGGAUCGACUCCAUGUCUGUCGUGGACAGUUUCAAACGAGGUCACACAGGGCAGAAGGGUCGUUGAUGGCCAAGCGGCCAUGAGAUUCCUGUCCGCCUGAGCAGCAGGACAGAAGGGUCAGGUGUCAGUGAAGAGCAUCAAUGGCAAAGGGUCGAGUGGCCACAAGAUUCCUCUUCGCCUGAGCAGCUCGACAAUAGGGUCCAGUGUUGGUGAAGUCCUUCAUUGGCGACUGGGGUGUUCUUUUGAUGUGAUAUGUUACGUCUGAGGACGCCUUUUUUGUAAGAGAGGGAGCACAAUCUCCAAAGGAUUUGUAUGGGGGAGCAAUUAAUCUGUGAUUGCUGUGUUCCGGUUGCUCGUCCAGCUUAUCAUGGAAAGUAACCCCACUGUCAUUCAUAACAUUGGUGUACUGGCAAAUCAACCAACCUUGGAAAAUCAACCAGUCGUUUACCAUGUCAACUGCUGCUGCCUGUUGUAUAUGCAAUGGAUAGAUAGAUAGAUAGAUAGAUAGAUAGAUAGAUAGAUAGAUAGAUAGAUAGAUAGAAAGAGAGAGAGAAAGGGGAGGAGAGAUGUAGAGAGAGAGAUGGGGGGGGGGGGGGGGAGGGGGGGAGAAGAGUGGGUGCAUGUUGGAAUCCUGUUAUUUACGCUUGAAUGCCUGCCAUGGAUGAAGGACAUGCAUGCUAUGGGAGAAUGUGUUGUUCGUCAUGGGGUGCGCAAGAGGAUCGAGUCCUUCACUGCCCCUUUGCCAUGGACGACCACCAGUACCACCACGAUCCUGUGUCUCCUUUGAUCAUGUGUGCCGUCCAUCCCUUGUCCUCAGAACUCAAGCAUAUUUACACACACAGGUGAUUGGAAAACAGCUAGAACUGUCAUUUGGUAAAUCCAUCAAAAUUGGAACGAUACUGAGGAGAUUAGGGGGAUAAAAGGUAGGAAGAGAACCUCUGGUAGAAGCACUGAAGAUUUUAAUUGGAUUUUUUUUAUUUUUAUUUUUAUUUUCAAUGGCCAGGGUGUUGUAGAGGUCGGAUUCAGACCAUGGGCGGUCCCGGAGAUUUCAGCCAUCCGGUUAUCCUAAUGGAUUGCCUCAUUCAGGCUCUGUGUUUCUAUCACCACCUUUAAUUGGAUUUCUCUCACUGAGCAUUUUCCAUUUCUGGCACCAACGCAAACAGAUGCGAAUGCUGGCUUAUUCUGGUCAUUUGGUUCAUUGGCUUAGUCUCGACACUUGGUUCAUGUAGCCAUUCCAGAAGCCAGAGGAGAAGAUGUAAGAAGGGGCAAUUUUUUUUAAGUUCUAUUCCGCAUCUUCACGGUGAACCGUAGGGGGAGAGGGUGAAGAGGACAACAGACGAGGGCUGUGACAGCCUGUCUCGUACGAGUUUUGAAGAACUGGCCAGUAAACCUUAAGCGGGAGAGGAGAAAAGGAGUGAGGCUCAGUGAGAUAGGGACUCUAUGUAUGGCAUGUAUACACAGGACAUGCACACAGAUGUGUAUGUGCUAUAUAUACAUACAUAAUAGUCAGUAUACAUGUCGUUAAUGCACCAACGUCAUCAACUUCAAAAAAGAAAACAAAGAAGAACACAGGACUAUUGUUUUUGAAGUUUGAACUUCCUUUCCAUCUCAGCACGCAUUCAAGAAAGCAGGGGCUAGAUCCCACUGGUGGGACCUCUCCCCGGAGGACUUCACAGUCUUACCAUCACAGACGUGUCUUCUAUGUGCAGCGAAGGUUACUUGCCGAAACUUCGCCAGGGAUUUGUAACGAUUGGGCUGUUCAGUUGGACGUAGGUCACCAUGUCGUGUAUUUUGGAAAGGGGAAAAAAAAAGAAACAGUUGGGCUUCAACAAGAGUAGCCUAGGUCCAGCCACCACAAGUGCAUCCAUGCCACAUCCACUGGGGAUCGAGGGCAUUACUCGCACGGGGACUUCCCGAAAUGCAUCUGACCGCAGUAAUGUCCAUAAAUAAGCAGAAAAGUCCUAGUGUAAGUAUGCCCUGAAGCACACGAAAAACAAAAUAAGAAAGACGGAACAGGCUGUAGCUGGCGCUAAUUAGAACUGAACUACAACUCUUCUUCUGUUCUUGUCUGAGGGGCUGCAUUAGAUUAGGUAGGACUGGACCGGUUUGUCGGAUCAGACCUCUCUUAUGGAAUUAUUAUUUUGUGAUGUUUGUUUUUCAUUCUCCUGUCCAAAUGAAAUGCUGCUCCAGCG